AUGACAAAUGUAGAAGAUAUCAGAAGUACAAUAACAAUUAUAGAUUUGAGCAGUGAUGAAGAAGAUAUUUUUUCUGAACAGNAUCCGGAACAAAAACCAAGAAAUGUUGCAGUAAAACGAGGUGCAACUUCGACGCAAAAUUCCGAACUUUUGCCUCAAGAGCAACCGCAACAAUCAAAAGCUAAUGAAAAAAAGUUUCUAAAAGAUCGUCACCUUUUGGAAGGAUCAAAGUUUCUGGAAGAUUUCAAUCCUGAAUAUUCUCGUCGAGAAAUGAACAAACGCCACAAUUUAUUCAACAAACAGAGAAAACCUGUUGUUAAGAAAGUCAGCACUUCAAUGUAUGAUGAACAAGGAAAAUUUCGAAUAUCUAAAAAAGAUGUAUGUGAUUGUUUUGAAUUGGAUUGUCCUGGAUGUCAUUUUCCUUGUGAAUAUUGUAAGUCACAAAAAUGCGGCACAUACUGUCGUGUUAAUCGUAAAUGGACAUACGAAAUGAUUGAGUACGAUGGAAAAGACUUGGUAAAAACAAAUCCUUUUCUCACAACAGACGGUGUACAUUAG